GGUGAUUUGAAAUUUUUGCAAUGGCGAGCCCGCCAGUUUAUUCGCGCGCGUUAGCUAGCACGUCAUUGUGAUUUUCUCGCGAUUUUCUCGGAUAAUCCUUUUCCCGGAGGAGGUGUUGUUCGACGAUACGUGGUUGGCGUCGCGUUGAAAUACGGGUAACGUGCGUAUAAUCAACGUAUCGAUUGAUAUCGCGAACGAAAGGGACAUACAACGAGACAGGACGAUGGAUAUGUCCGGCGAUGAGGACAUGUUCGCUAUCAGCGACGAGGAAACGUCGUUAUCAGCGCAAACCGCGCCGUCGAAUCCUGUCGAAGAGCAUUUGUUGAAACAGCUCGCCGAUGUCCAGAAUAGGAUAGAUGCCACGACGAACGAGAUCGAGGAGGUGAAAACGGCCACUUCGCGAAUUUUGAACGCUCUGCAAUGGCGCGCGCUUCAUGGAGAAGAUACAAAUUCGGAUUGUGAUUGUGAUUUGUAUACUGUCGAAGGACAACCUAUCUUGAAGAAAAAAGGACAGCGUAGCAUCAGUAAUGCAGAAAGAAUUGUGGAAAUAAUCUCACAAUGGCAGUGCGUUCUUCAGGAUAAGUGGAUUAUUGGAAUAGAGCUGCAAAAUGUAUCGUGUUGCACGUUGCUCAACCUCAGAUAUUAUCCAUACGUACGGGACAAGAUGGAGAUUUACGGUGAAUCGAUGUUCUGGAAACACUUGUUUCAUUGGGAAAGGAUCAACUCGAUCCACCCUGGCGCCGUUCAUAUCGUGGCAACGAUAGUGCUCGAUCUACCGACGUUCGAUAGAGAAUCUGUUAGCGAAUGUUGGGCCACGAUCUCGUACGAGAUUGGCGAGACGCAAUUUCAGAUUCCAGUACCAUCCGUUCAGCUCACCAUCGACGAAGUAAUCGAUUGCUCGUGCAUGAAGAUUUUAAACAAAAACGAACGUAAUGCGAUACUAGCGUUGAAAAGUACCUCUAGCAUAGAGAAAAUCGUUAACGUUCGUUUCUCGAAGGAUAAUCAAGACGAUAAAGAUGAUUCAUGCGAUUCAUAUGAGCUCAGGAAAAAACAACUUUUUCAUUUCUUAACCGCGAGGACUUUCGUCAAAAUUUUCAACGAUGUUUUUUUAGUGAAGGAACAUGGCCCUCUGAUGUAUUGUUUGGUCGAGUUAGAAUGGUUGAGCAACGUUGACGAAGUAAAUGUCAGAAUCUUUGCCAGAUCCGUCAACCAGCUGAACAUAAUAUUGCACUUUCUGCGGGCUGUAUUUCCGAACAUGACUGUUAUGGAAGAGGUCGAUGAUUGCAUUGAGGCAGCGAUGGCUCUAAUACGCGAAUUAGAGAUGAUUCGCGACAAGAAGAGCGCUCUUGAGAUACAAGAAGCGAAAGUAAUAACAGACUUACUUAUCCCUUGAGUGCAUUAUUUUGUAACCGAGAAUAAUACACAUUUACUGCUACUUAUAAGAUUAUUUUUCAAUAUAUGUAUAAUAUAUCAUUAUGUAUCAAUAUGUGAUAUAAAUGCGUUAACAUAAUGUAAUGUCACGUGUAAAAAUACGUCUAUCCAGUUGAUCCCCCAACUGGAAUGAAAACUGAGCGCAUAAUUAUAUAAUCUUUUUGUCUAAUUUUUGUUAGAUAAAGAGUAAUAUUUUUAAUAAAUUUAAUUUUUCCUAUUAAAUCUAAUUACCGCUUUUAUUUACCGCUUUUAAUAUUAAUAUAAAGUUAUAUAAUUAUACAAUUUUUUAUUAUAAUUAAUAUAAUUAUAUAUUUUUCUUAUUUUUAACUAAAAAAUUUAAAUUUUAUUUGAUAACGGUAGUAUGACUUUUAGCAAACUAACGAAUGAAAAUAAAAACUGUUAGACAUAAAUUUUUGAAAUAAUUUAUUUUGUUAAACUAUAUAAAGCACAUAUUUAUAACAUAUAUAUAUACUGUAGUAAGUGAGUAGUGAGUGAGCGAAUCAAUGAGUGAGUCAAUAUGGGUCAGUAGAGACCUUUGCUGAGCACUUUCGAUAAAAAGUAUCAUUGCUACGUCCACUGUGCAUUAAUGAUUCGUCAACGAUUACAUACGAUAUAGUUUCCUCUUCGAUACAUAUGUAUACAUUCGCUUCAUUACAGGUAUCACUUUAUAGUAUGUGUCUGUUAUACGUCUCGUUCUAUGUAUAUCUCGAUUGAUUUAUGCGUCUCGCAGCAGUAUGUAUAUUUCUAUGUACACGUUAAGAUUCCUGUAUUGUAAAAUCGAUAACGCCCUCGUUAGUGAUUAAGAUUGAAUAUAAAGAGGAACGGCGAAACAUGAGAGUUCUAUUAAAGUAUCAGCUAUCGCGCUUCGCAAUUCGUAGGUAAUAAUAAAAUAUCGGAGUGUGCGUUCAUCCGUGUGGAUUCAAGUUUAUCUUCUUUUUAAUAUCGGCAACUCGAUGUGAUAUUUUAGCGGAGUAGUUGACGCCAAUUCCAUUGAUCAAUUCGACGUGACAGUUAAUGCAUAUAUAUGUAUUGAUUAUUUUGAGAGACUAGAACCUUUUAAGGCUUUAAUUAAUCUCGAUUGGUGGCCGUUGGUUGAAUUGCUAUUUACAAAUACGAUGUUAUUCCAUCUUUUUUAAGAGAGAGAUAUUAAUAAAAUUUUUUUUAUCAUUAUUAAUUAUACCUUUGGAUUUUUUUAAUCCCCAUGAACAGGACCGGCUUGUUCGCAUGUGGAAGAAAUUUUCGUUCGAGUAGAGGUGAGUACUAUUUCGCUACAUCAUGUAGUCUACGAUCAUUUCUCAUGAGACUUGUUAGCUGAGAGUUAAUUAAUCUUGUUUGAGUAUCUGGCGUCGAAAACUUUCUCGUUUGCGAACUUGCCGGCUUCUACGUCUGAAACUUAUUGCAACGCGCGACAUCACUCGCUCUUUUUUUUGCACUCUCUUCAUUUUUUCUUUCGUAUUGUCCGCUUGGUUUAUUUACAUUACAUUGGGCUUUGACUGUACACGCGGAUAUAUACCCAUAUGUAUAUCUCAAUGUACAUAGGUACUCAAUUCCCAUUUGUUCUUGAUUCUCGAUGAGCGAUAAUGUAUAAUAAACUAGUCGACGUCUUGUUCUCGUCGCCAUCCUCGUCGUUGCUUGAAUAUCGCAUUAAUUCGCUAAUAUACGCAGUUCGGCACUCUCAUUUCCAAGCUUUAUAUCGUACACGCAUAGCAUUUUCUUGUUUCAUAAAAAUCGUAGAUAUGCGAUCAUUUAAUAUUUAAUUUAUUGUUAGUCAAUCGCUGUUACGCGAAUCUCUUAUCCGAGUCGCGUUCUUAUCGAGAAGCGAGUUUUUGGCUCUACUUUUGUAAGAAUAUAAGACUGCUCGGCAACAAUAUUUGUUAUCUAAAAAUCAUGGAUUCGUUUAUCAUGCCGAUGUAAUUCUCGCUAAAAUCUGGCUGUCUGGCAAUUCAUUUAAUUAAUGUUAUCACGAACUGAUCUUAAUGGGUAGAUUUUAAAACGGAAAUACUUUUCCGACGCGAAUCGCAACAACUAAUUAAAUUGGGAAAGAUAUCAACGCAUUUCUUUUUGUUACUUUUUAAAAAAUAAUGUAAAAAGCUAAUAAUUUAUAUAUAUAUACGAAAUUCAAUCUCUUCAUAUAUUUGACAUUAAUUUUAAUGUAUCUUAUUUUUUAUAUUUGAAAAAAAUAUUGUUAGGUAACUGUUAGAUAAACGAAUACAUAAUUAUUAGUGAGUGAAACUACAGAAAUCUGAAUCCGAAUCCGAAAGAAGACAAACUCGAGUGCAUUAAUGAAACGCUUUUCGAUACAUAGAACAGUGAGAAUGUGUUACGUACUAUCAGUCCGCUGAGGAAAAUCCUUUCAUUUUCGUGAACACAGUUAUACAAUUAAAUAUAAAAUAUUAAUAAUCCUCAAUUUUGAUCAAAGAGUUACUAUUACAGUUAAAUUUGGAUUGAAACGGUUUUACAAGAAAAUUUUUGGUAUUAUUAACAAUCUUUGGAAAUCGAUAUUUGUUAUUUUAUUUGAAAAAUUUAUUUGUUAAACCUGAAGAAGAGCGAAAUAUGCGCGGAGAUAAAUUCUUGAAUUAAAUAUUUCACGUGAAAUAUUUGUUGUAUUUUUUUCAUCAAAUUUUUAAAGAAGGUACGCAAACGCAUCCCUCUUUUUGUAUUUGAAAAACACUUUUGUAAUUCACAAAUAUAGAUAUAUAAUUAUAUAUAAUUUUUGCAUUUAAUUGACUAACUACAUGAGUAGACAAAUAUUCUUAAUUUCUUGUUUUAUAACACGAGUCAAAGUUUAUUCAGGUUUCAAAAUGUAUUUUUUUAAUUGCAUCAAGUAUUGAAUCAAAUUUAUAUAAGAAAUCGUCCUGUAUAUAUCAUUUAUUCUGUUAAUCAUUUAUCUCGCGCAUUUUUCUAUACCACAGUUUAGGUAAAGCUUCUCUUUAUUUUUUUUACCAUUAUCUGAUUUAUUGUUUGUAGAAAAAUCUACGCGAUUGUAGUAAUACAGUAUAACAAAUGUGCGUUCAAAUAAAUUUUACACGAAUCGUAGGAUGGUACAAGGAGAAAUCAAUUUCUUGUACAGGCAAUACUAAUUGCACCAAAGUAUUUAUUCUUAGAAUAAGUAGCAGCGAAGGCACUAAAUUAUAUUUGUUUAUCAAUGAUUAUUACGAAAGUAAAGUUAACAUUUUAUCAGCAUGCAAGUGUCGUCUAGAAACGAGGACAAUUUCGGAAACUCUAUAUAAAUCUUUUUACAAGUACGAGCGUCAUUUUAUUUUUGCCGCAUGUAAAGAAGUAGUGUUGCAUAGUCUUUUAUUUUACAUUUUAUUUUUGUGAGGCGUCUUUUUCAUUUCUAUUUAUCCUUUUGAAUGGGAGAUAACUGAUAACAACGUAAACUUCUUGCAAAAUAUUUAUCGCAGAAUCGAUACGGCGAACUAACGUUGCAACAAGAAAUGAACAUAUUUUAUGCCGAUUGAAAUUCUAAUUAUGACACUCGUCAAAUAAGACGCCACGACAGAAAAAUCAGAGUAAUAUACUCGUAGGCGAUUGCGUUUAAUCGCGUCAUGCAUAUGGAAAUGUAUUGACGAGGUAUACAAACGUUUGCCUUAUUUUCGCUGACAUCAGCAUAGAGAGACGACUUUUCCCACUACGUGAUUAGCCUUAAUACUUGUUUCUUUUGCAAUUGUUCUCUUCGCUACUUAUACGAUUUAUCGCGAUUGACUUCACUGGUAGAGAACGUGUCGCUUUAUAAUAUUUAUUUGCAAUUCAUUCUAUAUAUGUACACGUAUGUCCACCUGUCCGUGUACAUUGAUAACACGUCCUUUUAACGCAAUAUAUCCGAUAAUGGCGUUCGUAAAAUAUUUAAUAUUUUGACAUGAAAAAUUUAGUAGUCAGAUAAGAAAUGUCACAGUCACGCAUAAUUGCUGUUAUGCAGUUUCGCAAAGCUUCGUUAUGCGAACGUAUGCAAUAUACACGGACGUGCGGACAUAUUUAACGUAGAUUAUCAGUGAUUAAAUAAUAGCAUAGAAAAUAAUUGUUUUCUUUUCACCACGAAGCUAGAGUCUUUCAACUAUUUUGCCAUUGACCUUUGAUACUUGAUAUUGUAUUUUUACUCUCAUUUUCUUCUCUCUUAUAUAUUAUAUGUAUAUAUAUAGCUUAGUUCUUCAACUAGUCGCUAGUGUGUGAUACUGUAUGAAACCUUUCGGAAUAUGCAUGUAUGUGUGUUCAUGUGUGUGCUGUGUACUUGUACAUAUAUGUAUAUGCAUUCACACUCGUCAAUUGCUGAAUGUUAUACGUGUAGAUGCAUGUAUAAUUUCGUCGGGCAGGACACAAUAUGUGACGAGAUAUGCACUAACGUUCUUUUUUUCAGAUAAAAACUGAAAACACUCUCUUUAUCAUUGUCGUAAAAGAUAUUGCUACAAAAUUGUAUCGUAUCUUAAAUAGUAUGUCACAUUAUUAUGUAUAAUUUGAUUUUUAUAAAUGACAAAGUUUCUAUAACGAGUAAUACCGAAACGCAUGAACUGAUAAUACCAAAAUGCGCGCACUUUGUUGUCACAACUUGUAUCCUACAAUCUUAUUUCUCGAGUCGAUGUUGUUCAUGAAAUCGCAAUUGAUUGAUUGGCAUUAUAUUGGCUUAUAUCUGCUUAACAUCACACGCAUGAGAAAAGAUUUCGUCUAAUUACAAUCGCAUUUACUGACGAUAGAAUUAAACGAGAAAAAUUCAACGUUUAUAUCAAGCAUAAUGUCAAAACGUAAAAAAAAUAAGAUGUGAAAAUAUAUGUGCGCACAAUCUGAAAAUUUUCGAAGCAGAUCACCUUGACACAAUCACUUUGAAAAUUGCGAAAAACAAUUUUGUGUUGCAAUUAGCCGAUUUUAAUUAUAUAGAUCAUUUCCAUGUUUCUUCGAAAUUUCUGUUAUUUCUCGAUUAUGGCUAAAGAUAGACUCAUGUUCGCAAAAGUCACCACAAUUAAAUUUUUUAAAAAUUCUUCAUGUUAGGAACUUCCGUUUUAUAUGUUUUAAUAUCUAACAUUCGCGAUUCCUCAUUCUCCGUAUGGCACAUAUGUCAAGGCGUAACAACGUUUAAAAGUAAAAUUGCAGAUAUAUUUGAUGACGUUUUCGUUUGUUCGCUUGACUUUUUUUCUAUGGGAUAUGAGUUUUCUGGAGUUUAAAGCAGAUAAAAGUAAAGUCUAUUAUUUUCUUCCGUGAAAACUUAUGACGUAGAAAUUAAAUGGACGGGCGAAUUCAAGUAUUGCCAUUGAUGGUAUGUACAUGGUUAAUGAUCGCUCUUUCGCUCGCGCUCUAGAGUGUAUGUGAUUCAAUCUUAAUAUAAUACAUUUAAUAAUAUACUCUCACUUUUGCAUCUUCACAUUCCUUACUUGUAUUUUCGUGCGCUUUUGAGAGGUCUCGCAUACACUGCAUGUCAGAGUGAUCGUUCAACUCUGUUAUUUGUUGAUGUGAUUACACGCAUAAUACAUAUCGUGAUCGAUCGCGAUCACGGUAUAUCUUAUGCGUACACGCAUAGGUGAAUGUAUGGAUACUGUUUUCUACUUAUGUACUCUUUGAUGUGCAUUGGCUUUUGACUCAUUUGCCUAGUGUGUUGUGUGUAUUUGUGUGUGUAUGUGUGUGUGUGACAUGUAUACUUAUUAUAUUUAUAUACCUUCUCGCCCUUUGGUAUCUCAAUUAUACAGUAACAUUUUGCUAAGGCAUUCGUUAUGGCAAGUAUAUUUUAAAGGUGCCGAUGUCUAAAUACGCGCGUGAAAUACUUUUCGUACACUUUAUAAAAGUAUAGUCGGCCGGUUAAUCCCCCUAUAAAUAUAAUAUAGCCAGGCUAGGAUCUCGAAUCGAUUUUAAAAAGAAACGACGGCCCCGUUAGAAAAGAACUAUGACCUCGAUUCGAAUUUUUAUAUGCAUAGAUAUAUAUAUGCGGCUUGCACACACUCGCGGCCCGCGCUAAUUUUUCCCUACUCGCAUGCAGUUCCUCGAUCUAGAUUUGUGUUACGCCUAAUUAUUCCAUUAGUAAAAUAUAUCGAAUCGCAAAUCGCUACGUGUAAACCGCGAAACGAGAAGAAGUUAGAUCUUGAAAAGCACGAGUGUGUGUUCCUUCGGCCAGAACGCGUCCGAUUACUAACUUCCACUCGGUGUAAGUGACAUUAACGAGAAUGCAAUUGUAUCUCGUGAGAAAUAGUACGACAGUUUGAAAUAUUCGUACGUACCAAGCGUUAUUAGCUGAAGGUCCAAUUGAUUUCCUCGUUCGAAUUAAAUCCUUGGCUAUUAAUUAUUGCUUACUCACAGCAUGAGCCGGUUUCAAUGAAAUACGCACGGCAGCGUAGAACAUACGGCAUAUAGUCCGCGCGUAUAUUUACUAUUAUUACUUUGCACCUUUAUGACACGGUAAAAUCGUUUGCGAGUAAUGGCGUAGCAUCGAUUAAAGCAAUCUUUUGAGCCAAUAUAUAUUUGAAUACUAGAAUUUAUAUAAAUUUGCACAAAUGUGGAUAAUUUGUGUAAAAUAUAUAUAUAUUUAUAUAUUGUGUAUUUAUUUUGCUACAUACUUAUUUAUUUCACACAUAUUUUUAACAAUAGCAUCAAAUUAUUAAAAAUUCUUUGCAUUUUGAUACUCUAUCAAAUAAUAGCGGACAUUUGCGGGCAAUGUCGUGCAAGCUACACCAUUAGCAUCGCAAAGGAUAUCGGUGAUAUACUUUUAGAGAACCGCAGCAUUCUUACUCUGCCAUGUAUUUCAUCCAAAUUUUUAAUUUUGUAUACAAUCUUUGUAGUUAAAAAUUCCUGGAUAAUCUUAUUUUACAAAACAUCAAGUAAAACCUGCGGAUCGCUAAAGAAACGAAAACGCGGACUCGCGUAGAAAAUUAAAAUAUUCAUCCGUAUCUCAUUUCUCUCAUUCCAAUUAUUUAUCGAUCUCUACCAAACUUCUCACUAUAACUGAUAAUUUUCUCUGUUGCACGCUGCUUUCCUUUUCACACGUGAGAAACGAUCGUAAUCACACAAACGCAAUAUCGUGUAAUAGAAAAAACAUCGAUAGACUCGUACCAGCGCCGCACAUCAUGCGUACAUAUUCAUACUAUAAGCACGACGUCGUAUUCCCGCUCAUGGUGUGAACCCUGUAGAAAAACUCUUUCGUAGAAAAUUGACGCUAGGGUAAUGUUUUCUUCAUUUUAUUUUUUUACAAGGCGUACUAUGCACAAAUUUCCCGCCUAGCUGCCCUAGUUUUCACACGGUGCCACGAUACUGGAAAGUUCUGGGAGGCACAAAUAUGGCGGGAAUCGAGUAAUAUUUCAUAUGUCAAUAAUAAUGUUGAAUAAUUCAGAAUAGUAUAAUUAUGCAAAAAAAAAUUAUCGAAAUAAAUAUGAUAAAUUUUAUGACAGUUCUUUAAGAUUUAAUAAAGAUAUAAUUAAUAUACGAGAAAUUAAUACGAUAAAUUCUAUUUGACACAGUUAUUUAAGAUUUAAUGAAGAGGAUUAAAAUUGCUACUUCUCCGAUUUUUUGCGAAAUACAUUUGCUAUUAUUUAUGACUUCUUUAGACAAAACUAUGGCGUUUGAUAGCACCAUUGCACUCGUGCAAUCGUUAAGGUCUAUCGUUAAGGUCUAGAUUAUACAUCUCUAUUUAAUACUAUACAAGAAUUACUGCAUGCGCAAACUUUAAUUUGCGCGUAAUUCGUUGUCUCGAUCAUAUUUGAUUUCUUGAAUAGUUGUAGAAAAACGGGUAAUGUAUGGAUCUAUAAAAUAACGUAUUCACAUUUAUCAAAAAUGGCGCUAAAGUAAUUUAAUUAGUUUUAUUUAAUAUGAAAUAAUGAAAUAAAUAUUUAAUAAUGUGUCGUACACGCACAAUAUCGCGUAUAGGAGAAUGAGAAAUAUAUUUUUAUUUAAAACUAUAUAAUUAUAUGCGAAAAUACCGUGCCACCGUGCAAGAAACUAUUUAAAAUACAUUUAACAGCCGAUCGUCUAAUAGCAUUUAGCUUUGGAUACUCGCGUGUUUCUUUAUCGAUCGUUAUUUAUGGCUUUCGAUCCUUGAAACCGGAAACGGAAAUUGUAAGUUCACUUCAAGGGGAAGAUAAUUUUAAACGCGGUCGUUCUGUCGUAUUCGUCAAUACGAUGUUUAACGAGCGAGAUUAGCGGAGGAUAGUCGGGAUGUACAGUAAUUGGAAAUUUCGUCCAAGUCUCUUAAGCCUGCUGUAUGUGAAUUGCGAGAUUAAAUAUCCUAAAGAAAUCAAUAUACGAUAAUAUACGCAUACGCUAUAUACCAGUCAAGCGUUUUUUUACCAAGCGCGUUUUAAAAACAAUUUUCGCGUAUACUUUCGCGACGUCUUUCAACAGAACGAUUGAUAUGUGAAAUUUGAAACACACGUUCACGAUCUUCUCUUUUUUUUUUAUGUAACGUCCUAUUCCGCAUAGAUCGUAGCUAAAUUGACGCACUUUGAUCAGCCUCGGACGACUAUUGCAUCUAACACUCUCGCAAUCCAGUGCGCGUUAUCUCUCGAAUCAGAUGUAGUAAACCUGCGUUUUUAUCUCGAGCUGUCAGUUUACGCCAGUACAGAUACUAUGCAUCCAUUUCCGAUUUCCGGAUCUGUUUCCCGUGAUUUGAUCCAAUUUCGCUGUUCACGCGCAAUCUAUCUCUCAAUACAAAAACUAUUUACCUCUUUUUUUUUAAUUUUUAUUUAAUAAUGUCUCACUCUUGUCUGUUAGCAUUUACGGAAUAAGGUUCACACAUCUCAAAUAGUCACACGAUCUCUGUUUAAUCCUAAAAUGUUAUUCUCCCCCGUCUGUUUGUAGUGCACUAUAGAUGCGUAUCUCCUUAUACGUACAUUGCGUACGGUAUAUAUGUACACGUAAUAUCUUGUUUGUGUAUGUGAGUAGAGUACUAACACAGCGCUUCCUUGCCGCAGUUUUUUUUUAUCGUUUUAUCGACAUAAGUAGACAGUGGCUAAAUAAUAGUGUCUAUUAGUUAGCAGUGGUAGUAAGAGAGUAUAUAUAGCUUCUUUUUCUUUUUUUCUUUUUUUUUGUAUAUGAUCACUUCGUUCUUUUUCCUCGCACUCGUCUCGGAGAGCACAGUAACAAUGUUAUAUAUUUAUAUAAUAUUUAUAUAGUAAUGCGUACUUGUCUUAGGCCCGAACCGGCAGAUUAAUCCUAGACCGUUCGCACAGAUUAAUCUAUAAAAACGUCGAUUAUGCGGUCUACGACUACUCUACCAUUGGAAUGUUUUGACCUCUUAUACGCAUUCUCUUUUCUUUCUUUCUCGCGACUCUAUUAUAUAUAGUAUUUAUAUAUAA